CACCAUCAGUAACUAAUAAAUAUAAAAAUAACCAGCCUCAUCUGAGCAGAGCCAGACUGAAACAGGAGCUACAGAGGCUCUUUCUGCUGCAGGAGUGAACAUCAGAAUAAGUGUCGCUUUAAAACGGGAGCCAUGUUAGUGUGGUCGUGAAUGCGUCUUCCUGAGGACUUGUUGAGAAGAUGGUGAGGCGGUGGAUGGAGGUGAAGGUGUCUGGUGGAUGCUCAGCAGCAGCAGCUGUCUCAUCAUCCCAACCAUCCUCCCACAGCAAAUAAAUGAGUCAACAUGGCCGCGGAGCAGCUCGUCCUGUAGCAGCACAGAACCACGGAAUAAAACAAUACACAGAUUAAAUGGCGUUCAUGUCCCGGUUCUCCCGGUCCCGGAGCAGCUCCAGGUCUCCGAGCCGGAAGGACUCAGAGCGGGCGUCCCCGAACCUGACCGUGUCCGAGCUGGAGAGGCUCCUGUGCACGGGGAAAACCGCCUGUAACCACGCAGACGAAGUGUGGCCGCGACUUUAUAUCGGAGAUCAAGAUAUCGCAUCAGAUCGGCGUGAGCUGGCCAAACUUGGCAUCACGCACAUCCUCAACUGUGCACAGAGUAAGUGGCGCGGUGGGGCCGAGUAUUACGCCGGCAUGAACAUCACCUAUCACGGCAUCGAGGCUCACGACUCGCCGACCUUCGACAUGAGCGUCAACUUCUACCCUGCUGCUGAGUUCAUCCACAAAGCGCUGACAAGCGGAGGUAAGGUGCUGGUCCACUGCACUGUGGGAGUGAGCCGCUCAGCCACUCUGGUUCUGGCCUACCUGAUGAUCAGACAGAACCUGACCCUGGUGGAGGCCAUCAAGACGGUCAAAGACCACCGAGGCGUCAUCCCCAACCGAGGCUUCCUCCGCCAGCUCAACGGCCUGGACGGCAUCCUGAGGGAGAGCCGUAAGACGUCGCUACAGAGCUGAAAACACCCUCGACACACACACACAAACACACACAACCUAAGGUAGCAGCUAGUCUGGUUACAGUGAGGGAGGUAAUGGGACCAAGUUAGGAGCAACCUGUGGGUUUCUGACACUGUGGCAGCAGGUGAUUGGAGGGUUUGAGUCAGUAUCUUCAGAUUCAUUCAUUUUUAUCACAUCUGUUUAGUCCUGUAGCCUCUCCCAGUGAAGCUCACACAGAGGGUGGCCAGAGAACACCCUUAGCCCAAUGAGUGGUUCAUUAAAACCAGUGUUACUAAUCACAAAUUUGCCUUAAAGGACUUUACAAUCUUUAGCAGUGAGCUCUGUCCUCAAGGUGCGGUCACACCAGCUUUUAAAACAGCAGCAUUUCACAGCAAAAUUAAUUCAUGUCAGUGGUUAAGACAGCCAUGUUGACAGAGCUGAUCUUUGAGGGAACAGAGAAUCAGUGAGUCCAAAAUGGAGGAAGCGAUCGUAGCUUAUUAGCAAGGUCACACAACACUGAUUGAGCUUCUCAGCUCCAAAUGAGUCUCUGUAUUUUGUAGUAUACCUGAGUUUUAAAUCUGGUGUCUGUGACGACGUUCCUGCACUGGUGCAUUGGUAGCGAUGCAUUUACAUCAAACAGCAGCGAUUGGUUUGUCAGAGCAGAAAAGGAAUAAUCGUAGCAACGCAGACAGAGAAGACUGCAGCAACUAGGAAUAAAGAAACUCUGAGUUCAGAGGAAGGAUUAUAGUCUCAAGUCAGUGUUUGUGUAAUUACUCUCAUUGCCAGAAGGGGGAGACAAAGGUCCCACACUGCAGAUUUAAGUUACGAACAAUCCUACGAACACAAUACCAAACAGAAAAUUAAAGAGAACCUGAAAGAAGCUCAGGCAACUAUUGUGAUUGACGAGCAUGUUCCCGACUGGCUAGCAUGUUAGCCAUUACCAGCGACUAGCUCUGCAAAUUCCUGCUACGUCACCAAGCCUCUAUGAGUUUUUGCAAAGACGUGAUGAUGAAUUCAGCUGUACUGCUUUCUGGUGUGACCAGGCCUCCAAUCACAUGAGGAAAACUCCCCCAAAAAAUGUUGUAAAUGGGAAAAUCUGAGAGGAGAAAAACAGAGGAGGGCUCACUCUUCCAGGACAGACAUGUAAGAUUUAAAUGUCACAUUUAGGGGUCAUCAGUUUAGAAAAGUGGUUCCCAGCCUAGAGGUCGAGCCAGGUCUAAAUUCCCACAAAAAUAAAGCAACCAGGUCUUUGCUCACAGUUCAAAGACUCUUUGCAAGAAAUUAGCUGUAAACGAAGAAGGUUGGGAACCAUUUGUUUACAAGAUAAUUAUUUAUUCCCUCCACUUUUUAAUCAAACUUCAGACCAUUCCACUGAAAAGUAUGUGGACGCAAAGCCUGAAUGUCCAGAAAAGUUGAAAAAUUAAAGCUUCCUGGACAACUUUUAACGUAAUCAGAGAUCACUGAUACACUAUAAAAAACAUUAACAAGUCUUUUAGUCUCAUCUCUGGUGCAGUUUUUCUAGAAAUCCUCAGUACGUCUCAGAUCCCUGCACUAGGAUCAAAGUGAUUCCAGUCUUGAAAGUAUUACCACUGCUCCCUGGUGCCACCAGUAAAAUCCAGUUAGUAUUACUGAAGCUGAAACUAUUGAUGACUAUCCCUUUGAUUAAUCGAUUAAUUAUUUAAUCAACAAAUUAGAUUACAUUAGAUCACAUUAGAAGUUGGAACCACCAAUUUCUAUCAGUCGACUAAUCAAUUAAUCAACUGUUUCAGCCCUAGCAUUAUUGCAGUGUUCUUAGCAGCCAGUCUGGAUCAGUCAGUCAAGGACUGAUGUGGCUCAGGGUUUGGGAUUUGAAGGGGCCCUGUGCUUGUUUUUAUAUGGGGCCCUGAGGUGACCACACCUGGCCCUGACUGAACAUGGGCUCUGCUGUCUUUUGUAAUCAACAUGGAGGUUAAACCCAUGAUAUCGGCCCUCAGAAAGAAGACUCUCGCUCAGUGAUUCUUCCCCGUAGUUUCAGUCUUUGCAGGUCUUCCCUCGACUUGCUUCUUUACAUUCAGCAAGUGUCAUUAAGUGCCCUGAACAACUCACAAUCUAGUUGUAGCCCAGGUCUAAAACCAGCACAGUUAUGUAGCCUGUUGAUUAUAGUAUUACAGUAUUGUCACAAGCUGUACACAUAUAUUAUCUGUGGUGAGUUACAGUAUACAGUAUAAUGUGGUUUUUGUUUUCAAUUGGGUGUUGAAUAAGUUCAAUGUACUGCUUCAAUCCAGUGUAUUUCAAAUAACUGCAGUCCUUCUUGACUUUUUUAUUGGAUAUCUUGUGUGUGAUGAUCUGAAAUUCAUCCAGUAGACUAUAGAGUUGAGUCCAUUCGGACAGGAUUGAAGGGGGAGGACUUGUUCUACAUAACAUCAUAACUUACUCAAAUCUGAACACACUCACAUCAAACACAUAUCAAAUCAUCCAGCGAGACAUAUACUUCAUGAGGAUGAAAUCAUCUCUGGUGUCCAUCAAGAGUAAACGUCCAUAAAUCUGCUUAAAAAUCAUAGAAAAAAGACGCUUCAGAACUUGCCCGAGAAUUGUCACAUUUUUAAGUGACAAAAAAAUCCAGUGAUAGUUGUCUGUUCAUCCAUGGGUACAUUGGAAACACGAGCUGCUAAUAGCUAAUUCAGCGUACUUUUAAUGGGGACAACUUUCCAAAUUGUAGACAAUUGUAGGCUAGGCGAAAGCGAAUUGUAGGCUGUAAGCGAAUGCCAGUGCCUACCUGUAGCUGAGAUAACAGAACAUUUGAUCUUUUGAGCUUUUUGUUAGUUUGUUCUGUUUUGUCUCCAUCUGUCAGGUUAGCAAAAAGAUUAGAGUACAUUUUCACACCAAAGUCUUUUCCCACUCUCUGGAUGGGAUUAAAAUCACCCCACCUCCCCUGAAUAAAUCCAGUCCGAAUGGAGCUUUAGACUCAACAUCGUACUCUUAACGAAGCUAUUAAACUUCCAGUCUGGUGUAUCACUUCAACCUUACAGUGACUGUUAGCUGUCCAGAGUAGUACUCUAAGUGAUAGUCUAAUAUGCCAGCACAUGAAGUAUUUAGAGUAGACGUGCAGUGGGAGACAACACCACAAAUGUGCCAUUCGCAAAAAGCUACCAACUGCCCGGAUGACAGGAGAGUGCACAGUGUUCAGUGCUGUAUUGCAAAGUCUGCUCUUUGUCUUGGUGUUAAGUGAGGCUUGUGUUCUCAUGCUAGUGAAAAACAAUAGAAGAUCCGAUGCUGAAUUUUAAACCAGCUUUUCAGAAAAUCCUUGUGUGUGUUAUUAAUGAUUACCUCAAGUAUCAUGUUAGAAACAUAUCUGUUGUGACUCGUGGUCUUUGUCUGUGCUGCUUCAACUCCACCAUGAUGAGGUGCAGGUGAGCGACUUCGCUCAAAUGCAGAAAAAAUGUACAUAAAAAAGCUGAAUUUGUGAAUUUGUACAGUCUGUGGAGAUUUAAAGGUAUAGUUUGAAAUCUUUGGAUAUAGUUACACGCUUUCCUGCCAAGAGUUAGAUGACAAGAUCAAUACCCCUCUCAUGUCUGCGCUGUAAGUAUGGAGCUGGGAGGCAGUUAGCUUAGCUUAGCAUAAUAACUGGAAGCAGGGUUAAACAGCUAGCCUCACCCUGUCCUGCAUCUUGUUUGUUUGAUCUGUACACAAACAGAAAUGUAAAGACAUCAAGUUGUGGAUUCAUGGGGAAUUACAUGCACACGUUUUAAGUAAUUUUUUGCAACAUAAAAGCAGCUUCUCACUCUCAGCAAUUGUCAGUUUUGUUGGCUGAAACUAAUCUAGCAGAUUUUAUCAACUGUAGCUAAUUAGCUAAUUCAUGCUAACUCUGUGAGUUUUCAGUGUUUCAGCUGAAAUGUUUUAAAAACAAUGAAGAAGCCUUUAAAAAUGUUGAAAAUGCAUCUUAUAGCUACAUACAUCAAAUGUCAGAGACUACAUUUGUAUGUUCCAAGCAAAAAGUCAACAUUUGAAGACAAAGGAACAGUAUUUUCACUUACACUGCAGAAUAGUCAGCUAUAGUAAAGCAUUAUUGUGUAAACCAUCACUCCCUGCUUCCAGUCUUGAUGCUAAGCUAAGCGAAGCUAAGCUAAUUACCUCCUGGCUCAAUCCACAGGCAUGAAAGUCAUAUAUCAGCCAUUUCGACUAUCUUGGCUGGAAGGCAAACAUUUCCCAAAUUGUCAAACUGUUUCUUUUAAGUGUGUUUUGCCUUAGAAAGCAAAGCAGAGCAACAAACAAUCCAGAAACGGUUAUUGUGAGUUUAGGGGACAAUUUGUUAGCAUUGUGUGUUAAAUUAAUACCCAUUUGUAUCAUAGCUGGCUACUUGGGGACCAAAAGAUGACCCAAAGGGCCAAACCAGAACCCAACAUCCACUAUUUUCUUGAAAUCCUGGAUAUUUCAAAUUGGAACAUUUUGUAUAAUAUUUGAGUGAAUUGUGAGGGUGUCAAGUCCAGAAUCAGCCUGUCAAAAAUCAUCUUGUUACAUUUUGUGUUAGGAAAACAGAGACUUCCUUUACUACAACUCUGUUAGACGAUACCAAGAUGUCCUGUUGACAGCAGAUUCUGCCUUUCUUAUAGCCUCCCUCAGUUCACUCAGUUAAAACACUGAAGAAACACUGAAAAACAAAGAAGUAUCCGUGGAAUAUUUCUGGUCGGGGCCUCUCUACCCAUUUUGAUCUUUACCUUUGCUGUAUUGGAUCUGUAUGUUUUGUAUUUGUGGUUCUACUGUGCUGUGAUUGGUCGUACGUUGGUCUCAAUUCCUGUUUAUAUUCUCGUAAUAUCUUCGUUUUCUUAAAGAGACCUUUCUAUAGGAAAACUUGAAUUCUUUUGAAUUUAUUUACUAUCACUCUCUUUGAAGGAGAAACUGGCAAAGGAGAUGUUGAUGCCUUAAUCUGUGUACUUCAAGUUGGUUUUUAGACUUUUGUUUCUAUGUUUUUAUUGUGAAUAACACUGAGCAUUGAUACAUUUGUUUUGAUAAAUUCUGUACGGAGUCAGAAAUAAAGAAAAAAACUCCUCUCA